ACUAUUGCACGCAUGAAAUUGCUUUUCAUUUCCGCGCAGAGUCAAGUCAUGAGAUUGGGGAAUUAUGCGGGUUUCCUUUUUGUUUCCUCUUUCUGCUGCCGUGCUAUGGUAAUUGUGUCAUAAUAACACGUCCGUCGCUGUAGGGAAUGCGCUGGUUUGCACCAGCAGAGAUCAAGUUGCACUAGUUGAAACGUUGGUGGAGGAGAUUAAGCUUUAGGAUAUCUUAUGACCUAUGCAGGACUGUCUGGAGGAAGCUGAUCGGAUUCCUGCGUCCAGGAGGAAACACAUCCACUCAUCUCCGGUCGAUGUGAAAUGACUUGCCACUGAAAUAAAGAGACCUUGGGCAGAUCUAUACAUAAACUGGUACCAGCCGCACCAUUGGCAGCAGACGAGGGGGGAUUCGUGCCUCCUCUCCUCUCUUCUCCUCCGCGGAGCCAGUGCGCAUGCAUGGAUGAAAGUCACAGUUAAAAUGCAUGCGGCAAGUCUCGUCUGAUGUGUGGGAUUACGCCGCGUCUCCAUUCGCUCCUCUUUUCCUCUUGACCAUGUUCGAACUUUGGUUCUGGCUCUUUUUCCGAGAUGACACUGCCGAUUUCUGGAAGCAAACAUCAGAAGUCCGCUGUGCCGCGCUCGCUGCCGCGUUGUCGGCGUGAAUGAGACUGUGUCAUCGAUGACUGGUUUAUGGAGCUAAACACUGAGGAGACUUGACUUUAAGGAUUCCUUUUUUUUUGUAUGAUUUGUAUUUUGAGUAAUAUUUUUAACAGCCGACAGAAGGAAGGAAGGAGGACGGGUGGGUGUUGGAAACCCAUGUUUGUCACUGAGGCUGGAGAAAAGAGAAAAGGGCACAGUCGUGUUUUUCGGGAUGCUUUGGCGUUCACCGGGAUCUGCACGAUGACUCCUCACAUUGGUACCACACUUGAGUGAGCUGGGGCAUCCUCUCCCAGGAAAAAUGCAUAUCUGGAUCCCAAACAUAAUCCUUCUGAUUGCAUCAUCUCUGAGGCUGGUUGAGAUGUAUGACAAUUAUGGGGAAAUCUGUCGCAAUCUGUGCACGUGCGAGGAGAAGGAAGGGAUCCUGACAGUGAGCUGCGAGAACCGGGGCAUCAUCAGACUCACUGAGAUCAGCCCUGUCCAUUUCUCCGUGUACCAUCUUCUGCUGACGGGGAACCUCCUGAAGAAGGUGUCAGUAAAUGAUUUCAUCAAUUACACUGGGGUGACCAUUCUGCACCUGGGGAACAAUGACAUCUCUGAGAUAGAGUCAGGUGCCUUCAAUGGUCUCCAGGGAUUAAAAAGAUUGCACCUGAAUAACAACAAGAUUGAAGUCCUUAGGGAUGACACUUUUGCAGGACUGGAGAGUUUGGAAUAUCUACAGAUUGAUUAUAAUUACAUCACCAAUAUAGAAUCCAAUGCCUUGAGCAAACUGCACCAACUGACAGUGAUGAUUUUGAAUGACAACCUGCUCUCAGCCCUGCCUCCAAACAUCUUUCGGAAUGUUCCCCUUACGCACUUGGACCUGAGGGGGAACCGGUUAAAAAUGUUCCCCUACAUUGGCCUCCUGGAGCACAUGGACAAAGUUGUGGAAUUACAGCUGGAGGAGAAUCCGUGGAAUUGCUCCUGUGAGCUCAUCGCCCUAAAGGCCUGGCUGGAGAGUAUAGCAUAUACAGCUCUUGUGGGGGAGGUGGUGUGCGAGACACCAUUCCGGCUCCAUGGUCGGGACCUGGAUGAGGUAUCUAAGCAGGAACUCUGCCCAAGAAGGCCCUUAGAAGAUACAGUUAGGCCUGCACCCCCGAGCAGCACCAGUGGAUAUUUCCAGACAACACCUGCACCUGCUGUCACGUCCUCUGCCACCUCCUCUGCUGUUUUCAGGUCCUCUUCUAGGCCUACCAAGGGCACACGGCAAUUUAACAGAACUAGAUUAAAACCCACCUCCAGAAUACCAGGUGGUAACCCUUACAACUAUGGCCCCAUUAUUGCUUUUCAAACAAAAUCUCCUGUGCCUUUGGACUGCCCCACUACCUGCACAUGCAACCUGCAGAUAUCUGAAAUCGGGCUAAAUGUCAACUGCCAAGAGAGAAAGAUUGAAAGCAUUUCUGAUCUAAAACCGAAGCCAUACAAUCCUAAAAAAAUGUAUCUCACUGGAAAUUAUAUCCCUGUGGUACGCAGAUCAGAUUUUGUUGAUGCCACUGGACUUGAUUUGCUUCACCUGGGAAACAACAGGAUAACACUGAUCCACGACCGGGCUUUUGGGGAUUUAACCAAUCUGCGUAGGCUGUAUUUGAAUGGUAAUCUCAUGGACAGGCUUACAGGAGAAAUGUUUUUUGGUCUUCAGAACUUGCAGUAUCUUUAUUUAGAAUACAACAAAAUCAAGGAGGUUGAUGAGGGCGCUUUUCGCUACCUCCCUAAUCUCCAGCUGCUUUUCCUCAACAAUAACCUCCUGAAAACCUUACCUGUGGGCAUCUUUUCCAGCCUCUCCCUGUCUAGGCUUAACCUGCGCAACAACUAUUUCCAUAACCUGCCUGUGAGUGGGGUGUUAGAUCAACUUAAGCAGCUGUUGCAGAUAGAUCUCUUUGAAAACCCCUGGGACUGCUCUUGUGACAUAGUGGGGAUGAAGAUAUGGCUGGAGAAGCUCAGUGCCGGCACUGUGGUGAACGAAGUUGUGUGUGAGACACCCAAACGCCACACUGGAAUGGAACUGCGCUCAAUUGAGUCAGAGCAGCUCUGCCCGGACUACUCUGACGCAUCUGUCUCACCAACUUCCCCCACAGAUGAGCCCAUGGAUGAGCGAGUCGCCGCCACCACCACCGCGCCACAGAAGUUCAACACCCCAAGCAGCACUGUUCCGCUCUCUGUCCUCAUCCUCAGCCUCCUGCUUGUUUUCAUCAUGUCUGUCUUUGUGGCUGCGGGACUUUUUGUCGUAGUGAUGAAAAAGCGCAAAAAGUCACAGAGCGAUCGCACGAGCACCAACAACUCAGAUGUCAGCUCUUUUAACUUGCAGUACAGCCUCUACAGCAACCGCUCUGGCCCCAAAGUUAAGGCACCAGCCGGCCAUGUGUAUGAGUACAUUCCCCAUCCCAUGGGCCACAUGUGCAAAAACCCCAUUUACAGGUCACGGGAAGGAAACACGGUGGAGGAUUAUCACGACCUCCAUGAGCUCAAGGUCACAUACAGGAGUACCCCAGAUGAGGAGAGGGACAACAGGAGCCCGGCAUACAGUGUGAGCACUAUUGAGCCACGUGAAAAUCCCUCUCCUGUCCAGGACGCGGACCAUUUCUUCAGAGGCAUCCUUGAGCCGGAUAAGCAGUCCCCCCAUCAGUCCAUCCCCUCCAUCCCAGCAGGGGCCAAUUUAGAGUACAAGUACACAGGGCCUGUGUCGUACACAUACAACCCAAAUUUUGAUGUCAGACGUCAGUUCUUACACCCGGAGAGGAUAAGAGAAACGGUGCUCUACGGCACAGCACCCAGUACUGUUUAUGUCGAGCCCAAUAGAAAUGAGUAUUUGGAGCUUAAAGCUAAACUGCAGUCUGAGCCUGAUUACCUCGAAGUUCUUGAGAAACAGACCACCUUUAGCCAAUUCUGAGCAACAGUCAUUAAAGUCAUGACGCAUAAUUCUCUCUUGACCCUCCUUGAAAUGGUGGCUCACUUUAUGAGGUGCCUUGGCACAACACAAACAAGCAAAAGGAAACAGAGUUUAAAAAAAAAGAAAGGAAAAAAAAAAAAACGGGGUGUGCCGAACAAUCUUCUUCUUAUUUCUGAAACAUGACAUUACAGGAAAUGGAUACAGCUUUCUGAAACGUGGAUGAACAACACUGCUCUACUCUAACUGAUCAUGCAAAAUCUAUUUUUCUAUGGUGAAGAUCAAAUAACAACACAAAAUGUAAGUGUACAGGUAAAUCUUACCCCAACUUCAUUUUCAGGAAUAUAACCAUGCAUAAGGUAUAUUGUGAAUCAGAACAGAAAUGUUUAUAAAAUCAACUCCUGGACAAAAACACUGUACAGCAGAUUCAUCAAAACUGUGUAGGGACUAUUUUCUGCUGUAGUCUGUAAGUACGUAUUUAUUGAUAUAAUCUGCCAUGUCUUUUCAAAACUUUUGAUUCUACAUCAGUAUUACCUGUGUCAUCAUACUCCAUGAUCUUCUGGAAAGGCUUCUGUUUGUAGUUUCAUUUACUGUAGCUCUGCAUUGUAAAAGUGGCUUUUUUUGAAAGUGGCACACCCCCCAAUGUUCAAAACAGACUGCAUCAUUUGAAGAAGAUGGAAAAAAAAAGAAAAAAAGAAGUGUCUUUGUAUGCUUUCUGCACUUUUUUGGAAAUGAAAGGCGAGUUGGCCUUCAAUGAGCUCUCAUAAAGGAGAUUAUUAUAUUAAAAAUGAAUAUGGGUAUUCAUUCUUAAUAUGUAGAAUCACUAUGUUAUCAACACAAUUCAUAAACAAUAUUUGAAGUAUUAAUUAUGUUGUGUAAUACUGAUAUUUUAUUCAAUGUAACACCUAUUUUUAUACAAGCAUUCGCAGAUUCUCUAUCCCUUAUCGACUUGAUUUGUUUUGAUUGCUUUGCACUUAUUGCACUAUAUUGACCAAACUAUGUUGUUGUCAUCAAAUAAACAUGAUGUCAGGUUCAUAUAAUGUCAUGAGGAAAACAAGGCUGUCCGUGAUGAAUCAGAAGCAUCUGGAGAAGUGUUUCAGGGGCGAAAAAGUCAUUUAAUUUUGCCAUGAAAUAACAAUGCACUGGCUGAUGGGAAUUGGCCAUUUUGUGGACUCAAUCAAGCCAGAUUAAGGUACACUUUAUAUGCCUCGGUCUAUGGGGGAACUAGAGUCUCAGUGAGGUUUGGAAUCAAUUGGUUGCAAUCAAUGAGCAUUAUCUGAGGCUGUCCCUGUGCAAUUAUACCAUAACAGUAAUCAUGUUGUUGCCUGGCAAGUAGUAAAUUGGUCAUUUAUAUAAACAUCAUUGGAGCAGACUUGAAAAAGAAUAGUAGUCACAACCAUGUUGUUUGUUUUUGUACGUGUGAACCUUUCUCAGAUCUAUUCCUUUGUUUUACAACCAGAAGAAAAUAUGUCUUUUUUAACUACUGCUGCUGCUUGGUUCUUGAAUCGCUUGUUGUUUUGUUAACUUGCUGUUCACUUGACCCACUUAAAUCCAAUAUGCAAAGUAGGCUGAUAAAAAUGCAGCGGAUGCACCGUGCCUCCAUUUUCAGUGUGCAGUGGGCAUCACCAUUGAGGAAUUCAACGUUGCUUUACUGAGACAGGCAGGAUUCUCCGGAGAGGCGGCACAGAAACCUUUAUUUUAACAUUUAUUCAGGGGGAAAUAUUUGGAUAUGUUUCAUUUACAUUCAAUUGUAUUUAUUGCUGUUAUGGUGGGUUUCUAAAUGUCACUUCAUAUCUGUUAUAUUUGACUGAUUUUCACAUUUAGCAACAUGUCAGGCCACUUUUCUCAUUUACGAAGACAUUAGAAAAUGGAAACUUUUGCUGAAUGCUUUCUCGAAGCUCAGAGUCAGAACAGAAGGCACCAGUUGGUAGAUGAAGAGCUCUGGAACAUAGAGCGGCUGUGGAUGUGUCAUACAUGUAGCAGGCGACGUGAAUCAUAGCCAAGAAGUGUGUGCAUUCGCCCAGCAUUGGCGGCCUGUGGGACUGCGGAGUGCUGACGGUUUCUGACAAGGGGAUCUUUCUUUUCUCAUGCCAGCAUGGAGAUUCAUUCGCCGAGGUGCAAAAUGAAAGCACCUUAAAUCAGUCAAUAAAUGUAGCUCAGAUGGCA